AUGGAACAGUUAAAACCUCCGUCGCACUUGAGUUUCGAAGGGAAUUUAGCCGAAAACUGGAAAGAAUGGCUCCAAGGAUUUCGACUAUACUUGAUCGCGUCGGGAAUCGACGAGAAAGCCGGGAAGGUAAAAGUUGCUGCGUUUUUACAUGUCGCUGGUGUUGAAGCGAGGAGAAUAUAUAACACAUUAAACAGCCCGGAGGAUGAUGUGGAAAAGUUGGACGUUCUUAUUGAAAACUUCCAAAAAUACGUGGAACCAAGAAAGAAUUUAACGUAUGUACGACAUAUUUUCUUUACGAGAAAACAAGAAAUUCAUGAAACAAUAGACAAUUAUGUCACAGAUCUGAAAAACAAAGCUAUACAGUGUGAAUUUGGAAACUUGAAAGAUUCUAUGAUACGUGACAGAUUAGUGUGUGGCAUUGCAAAUGAAGCAUGUCGAGCGAGACUUCUGAGAGAAGCAGAUUUAUCACUGAAGAAGUGCAUAGACAUAUGCCGUGCAUCUGAAAUAUCAGAACAACAGCUAAAAACAUUACACAAAGAGCCUGUUACCGCAGAUGCGCAUACUGUAUCAAAAGAACAUAAAUUGCGUCAUAACUAUGACAAACAACACCACAAUAGUGAACACAGAAAACCGAAAGCUCGUGUCAAAAGUGCGCCACAUACCAAAAAUGCAUGUGGCAGAUGCGGAAGAGAACAUGACAAAGGAAAGUGCUCUGCAUAUAAUAAACUAUGUUACAAAUGUAACAAUACUGGUCACUAUGCGAAAUUCUGUAAGACAAAAUCUACUGUGCAUUCCUUAGAAGAAACAGAAGACCUGUACCUUGGUAUAGUCAGUGUAGACAGUGUUCAUGAAGCGCCGUGGACAGAAACAGUCACCAUCAACAGAAUACCUGUUACGUUUAAGUUAGAUACAGGAGCUCAAGCGAACAUAAUACCCCGAGAUGUGUUCAACACGCUAAAGAUCUCGAAGAACCAUUUACGGAGUGUGAACGGAAACUUGAUCACUUACAAUGGACACGUCAUGAAUCCGGACGGAAAGAUUGAUAUUCGUUGCCAUAUCCGCAACGAAAAACAUACACUUCCGGUUUAUGUUACUCAAAAAGGAAGCACUCCGAUCCUCUCUAAAGAAACCUGUGCUCGCUUGGGACUAGUACAACACAUACCAGCAGAGUCUGUUGACAGUGAAGUGUGUAUGUCAAAGGACAAACUACUGCAACAGUAUGCUGAUGUUUUCAGUGGGUUAGGAAAAUUGUCCGGGACACACCACAUUGAAAUUGAUAAAAGUGCAAAUCCAGUGGUCCAUCCACCGAGAAAAGUACCUGCAGCGUUACUUAAACCUGUCCAAAAUGAACUAAAGCGAAUGGAAGACUUAGGCGUCAUAACGAAACAAGACAGUCCGACAGAUUGGGUCAACAGUAUGGUGACAGUACGCAAGCCAGGGAAGAUCCGCAUAUGUUUGGAUCCAAAAGAUUUAAAUCCGCACAUCAAACGAGAGCAUUAUCAUCUUGUGACCGUUGAGGAAAUCAUUGAAAGACUGCCGAAUGCUAAAGUUUUCUCACGAUUUGAUGCUACUCAUGGCUCUUGGCACAUUCAGCUCGAUCAGGAAAGUUCUAAAGCACUUACCUUCAACAUACCAUUCGGUCGGUACCGAUACUUGAGACUUCCGUUUGGAAUUACGUCAGCUUCAGAAGUAUUUUCAAAGCGUGUACAGGAACUAUUCUCCGACUUACCUGGUGUUUAG